AUGAGAUUGAAAUUAUCCAUCUUUGCAUUUGUUGCUGGAACAACAUUUGCUACUAAUAUCCAACGAGUCUGCAGUCCUGCAAAUGGCCGGGUUGAACCAUAUACGGGAUUUAGAGUAGAUAUUCAACUUUCAUUUAAUUUAAAGCAAGAAUUUCAUUUAUACAUGUGUAAGGAGGGAAGAGCCACGAUGGAUUUAGUUAUUCCUCAAAGUUCUACUGUAAGAGUAGACCUGGAAGAACCUAACAUAAUUCCUUGGGGACAAGAGAUUUGCAAUAACAAAUCCAGUCCGACCAUUUGUUACACCCUUGCUAGGAGGAGAUCUUUCAAGCUAAGGACGUUGCCGAUAUAUUUUCCUGGAACAGUAGUUGGUGGUGUAUUUGAAGGUGACACUCCCGUUCUACCAUUGGUCGCAGAAGACUUCUGGCUGAACCAAUGGCUCGAAAUCAAAGGAUUGAGGAAAUCAGUGUACCAUUUUCCAAUUCUAUCGUCCCCUCCCUUCGAACACAGCAAGCAUCCAGGCACUAACCGGCCGCAUCUCAUGGGGACCAGCAAAUUAUGGGCAAAGAAUAUCUUACGCAACGAAAAGUAUUUGAUAAACGACAGUGAUGACACAAGAUUCUUAUUUAGGAAGGGCAUCGAUACAAUAUUUGAGAAGAUUAACAUUUUGUCUAGCUUAAAGAAAUUAUCACUUAUGGGUGCAUGGGGAACAGAGGGGAACCGGUUUAACCCAUUUUUUAAAUUCCUUUUGCUACUGAAGGUACUAAGUAAAGAAGUAUUUUACGGGUUAGUCAAUGACAUAGACAAGGUUUACAAUAGAUUGAAUUUUAAUUGA